AUGAAAUACUCAAACGUCAAACCCAAACUUUGCCACGAAGCUUUGGAGUCCAGGCACCACGCUAAUCAGCCAGCAUCAAAUCAACAAGAAGGGACUAAAGCGGGCAUCGUAAAAUUUGUUGAGGACCAAAAAAGGUGCCUUUUCUUUGGUGAUGUUUCUUCUAAGAGAGAUCCAUCAGCAUACUUAAAUUACGUAUUUGCUAUAUAUGAUUAUUACCGAAAGAAGUAUUGCAUCUUUGAUAAGGGAGAAAAUCCAACUAGGAUUGAGUUGCCUCUUAUUGUGAAUACUCCUGGCUGGGUGAAAGGUGUUGGCUAUGACGUAUUAGUGGACAUGUUGAAAUAUAUUCGUGCAACAAAUGUAGUUAAGAUCAGCAUAUCCACUGAAAGUAAGAAUUUACCUGCUGGUGAAUUCUGGUUAGAUGGGGAACAUGAUGGAACAGUUAACUUAAUUGAGAUAAAUUCAGCUCGUCAAGACUCAUUAAAGAGAUCGGUGCUUGUUCUGAAGGAUGCAUCUCUCCUGCGCGAUUUACGAAUAAUGGCUUAUUUCAGACAGUGCUUUCCUAGUGAUUCAAAUAUUUCUACAAUCAAGGAACUUGCACACUCCUUGGCCUCUCAUUGUUCUUAUGAAGUUCCAAUUACAUGCAUAAAGAUUCAACAUCUUCAUUGUGAGGUUCCAAGCUCUGAAAUAUUCUACAGUUUGAAUGCUAGCAUUGUUGGCUUAGCAGUUGAUUCUGAAGGACCUGGAAAUUUACCUUGGUGUCUUGGUCUUGGGAUUGUGAGGGGCAUUGACACAGUCAAACGUGUGCUCUAUGUGAUUACACCUGUGCCACAUAGUUCUCUGGAAAAAGUCAACCUUUUGCUACAGGGUUAUAUCCAAAUUCCUACUUGUUUAUUGCAGGUCCAGGGAUGCGUAUCACCUUACAUUUCAGCAAAUGCUUUAACUUCAAGCUAGUUAUUUUCUUGAGUUGGCAAAGACGACAAUUAUAGUAGUAGCUAACUCCAUAUAGUUAUUAUAGGUGCUUUCUUUCCAAGGUAGAAGCACGUGGAUUUCAAUUUAGAUAUUCUUGAGAAUAUAUGUAUAUAUUUUUUCUUUUAUGAAAUUCUAACAAAAUUUUAGGAAGAGGAUGUAGAUUUGUUUCUCUAAUUAAAUAUA